UCACCAUGCUGGGCAGAACCGAUCGCAAUGUUCGACGUCGAUGAGGUUCCUCUCGUCCGUGGCAGAGCCAAAUCUCGAGAAAGACGAGCUGAUGGUGAUAGGGAACGAGACUGCUCUGCUUCACCGCCGAAUUAUCCAGACACUACAGUUGACACCACAGCACAGCUGGCUAAGAUCCGAGAAUACAUGGCACAGUAUGGCUACGACGCCUACAUUGUACCUAGUGAAGACGCCCACGGCAGUGAGUACAUCGCUGCACCUGACGCAAGACGUCCCUAUAUCAGUGGCUUCUCAGGAUCGGCAGGUCUGGCUGUGAUUACCAGCACAUUGUCUGCUGUGUGGACUGACGGACGCUAUUUCAUCCAGGCUGAACGCGAGAUGAUCUGUGAAUGGAUGCUCAUGAAGAGCGGCGAGGUAGGAGUUCCCAGCUCAGCUGAAUGGCUGAUUAGUGACAGCAUCGAUGCUACCAUGGGGGCCGACUUACCUGAAGGAGCUAUGAUUGGCUACGACCCGAGACUCAUGUCCAUAAGCACGGUGCAGAGUUACUUGAGUUCGCUGGAAGAGUCUGGUCGUAACCUGACUAUGGUAGCUAACGCAGCAGCCAACCUCGUGGAUUUGACGUGGAAUAAUCUCGGCACACAGCCCGGCUACCCGGACAUGCCCCUACUUGUCCUUGCUAUGGAGUACUCUGGGAAAUCGUGGGAAAGUAAGAUAACGGAUAUCAGGGCAGAGAUGGCUAGAGCUGAAGUUACUAAACUCAUCGUCCCCAAACUUGAUGAAGUCGCUUGGCUAUUCAACAUGCGUGGGGAGGAUAUUCCCUACAAUCCUAUGUUCAUUGCAUACGCCGUCGUUGGAUUGAAUGACGUCAUGCUCUACGCUUAUGACAAAGCUGGAAGAAUUGAUGCCGUCGAUGCGAUCCGGACACACUUGAACAUUGACAGUUGCGGCACUGACAUAUGUGCAACUGUAAAGGACUACGAUCUAUUUGCCACGGAGCUGCCUACCUUAGCUAAUGGUGACAACGAAAAGAUCUGGUUUAGCGACAUUUCAAAUUAUUUCAUCUACACCUCGAUUCCAGAGGACAAGGCUUACAUUAAGGCGUCACCCAUCCUCCUUAUCAAGUCACAGAAGAACCCGGUCGAAGUGGCUGGAAUGAAGGAAGCACAUCGUCUUGAUUCUAUUUCUCUGUGUGAGCUUGGUGGAUGGUUGCAGGAGACCAUGGAUGGCUUAGACGAUCCCGCAGUGGGAGAUAAAAGCGUUCUCAGUGAGCUCAUCGUUGAAGAAAAGGCAGUAGAAUUCAGAAGCGUUCACCCAACCAACAAGGGUCUCAGUUUUGGAACGAUCUCAUCAUUUGGGGCGAACGGAGCCGUUAUUCAUUAUACGUCAUCUAAUGAGACUAAUGUACCAAUCACAAACCAAGGAAUCUUCCUACUUGAUUCUGGUGGACAAUACCUUCAGGGAACCUGUGACAUCACACGUUCUUUCCACUUUGGAGAACCAACAGAUUUUAUGAAGGAAGCCUAUACGAGGGUACUCAUGGGUCAUACUGAUUUGGUCUUGGCUACUUUCAGGACGGGGGUGUAUGGUCGUGCACUUGACACCCAUGCCCGUCAACCCCUAUGGGAGGGAGGUCUGGACUACCGCCAUGGUACUGGACACGGUAUUGGUCACUUCCUUAAUGUCCAUGAAGGUCCAGCGAAUAUUGGUCUUGGUUACAACGCCCGAAACCAACCGAUUGAUAUUGACAUGUUCUUUUCUGACGAGCCUGGUUACUACGAAGAUGGAGAAUUCGGACUUCGAAUUGAAGAUAUCAUGUUUGCCAAAGAGACCGCGACAAAGCACAAAUUCAACGACUACACCUACAUGACAUUUGAGAUGAUCUCCCUGGUACCUCUUGAGCCUACGUUAAUCGAUUUCAACCUCAUGACCACCAAGCAGAUCGAAUGGUACAAUACCUAUAACGAACAGAUCAAUACCGUCAUCAAACCUGAGCUAGCACCAAGGGGGAAGAAAUGGGUGGAGAUGAAGACAAAGUACGUUGACCCUCAAACGGGAGCUGCCGCCCCUCUAGUUACGUCAUUCAUCUUCGUCAUUAUGACGUCAUUUGUCGCCAUGUUUCUACACUAGAAUACGAGAAUGCGUGAUAAAUGUAUGACUUUUGAUCAGGGAAAACCAAACAUUGACAUAUUUGGGGGGUAAAUGUCUGUGUAUCGUUUAGAUAAAGAGAAAGACACAAAAUAUCCAAAUAUUUUAAAAACUAACAAGAUUACUGACCCUUUUUAAUCAUACAUGUAGAUAUAUGAUGAAUAAUUAUUAUGAUGAAUUGUUUUAGCGUCAAUUGAAUUACCAUUCAGUACUCUUCUUUCUUUAUGUCGUAGAACGCAGGGAUUGUAAAUUGUUUGGUAAUAUAUGCAAUUGCUUAAAUAUGUACCCACUGAACUAUAAAUAGUGUAAGUCCACCAAGGUGCCUCAGUCUUUGAGGCUAAUAACAAAGUAAGAGCAAGUUGAGAAGAGACAGCGCUGACAAAAUCGGAACAAUAAUAGAACAUCUGCAUCUUCUUAAACCUACCCCUGGCAAAUACAUGGCAAGAAGUGUCUAUCCCUUUCACCAGCGGGCUUGCACAGACCAGGGACCUGUUUCACAAAGCCUUUUUUCAAUGACAAAUGACAAAACUCAGUG